AACUAGUGAUGGUUUCCAGUGAAGGAAACAACGUUAGUCACUGGCCUAUUCACUUUACAUGUCUACAAGUAGUAGUGGUCUACACAGAGUGAAGAGACUGAAAAUUACUAUAAGUAAAAAAUGUCUCUCGGGGAGGACAGUGGUGAGAGAUUGAGAGAAGCAGCUUGCGUAGGUGACCUAAAUCUUCUGGCUAAACUCGAAUCACAAGGUGUUGAUAUAAACAGUAAAAAUGCGAUGAAUGGUUGGUAAGUAAACCUAAGCCUAAAACUAAAAUUGUUGAAGAGGGAUAACGGAUAAUGAUAAUUAAUGAAUCAUAAAUUGAUAAUGGCAAUGCAAUUAAUUAAAUUAUUAUCACCAGCCUUUGACUUUGGUGGUUAAAAGUAAGUUAAACUUUAGAUAAAUUUUGGGUUAACGGUAUGGGUUUCAGCAGUGGGGUAGCUAAUAGCUAGGGUUGGUGUCACCCAGAUCAGUAAACUCAUGGUGUCACCCCCCCCCCCUGCAAACUUCAAUGAUGGAUUUCUACUUGUUAAAAUAAAUCCACAGUAUAACAAUGACAAGAACAAAAACACAUACAUCGAAGGUCAUGAGGUCAAUGUAUUUAAAUCUGUAACAACGUCAAGUCAGUCAAGUUAUAGUUUGUUUUUUUUUACAUUCAAUUUACUUUAUUUAAAAUUGUCCUUCCGGUGUCUUCAAAGCUGCAAACCUGUCAAUCACUUGAUCAAACUCAAUGUCAUUCACUGUAUCACUUCCAAUUAAUAGCAGAGCCGCAUCAGAAAGCCUAGACUUUCCCAUGGUGGAUCAUAAAUAUUUCUUGAUAAGCCGUAGUUUUGAGGAGCUCUGCGCUCAUACACAUAUUGUAAGAUAAAAUCAAAGGCUUAGCGAGAGUAUUGGAGGAGAUUCUAGGAGGUCCCAUUCAGCUAUGAAUUUCAAAACAUCAAAUAAUGACCAGUUCAUGGUUCACAAUUCAGUAUCAGCUGCCUUUAGAUGUCUUCUAAGCCUGGUAUUUCUUUUAAAAAUUCAUCUUCUAAUAACUCAUCAUAGAAAAAGGCUAAUUUUGGAACGGACACCAAUAACUCUUCUUCACUUGCUGAUACUAGACUCUCGGAUCGAACAGCGCAAAACAUAUCUGCCACUUUCUUGGACGCUAAUGAUCUGAUCUGGCCUUCAGAAUGAAAGCGAUCAAUACAAGCCAGGAUCCCCCUACUGUUUUCUUCCCGCAGAAAGAGUCCAGCAUCUAUUAAUUGUUCUCCUGCCAUUCUCUUCUUCAACCUUAAUCUUCUUUCUACCGAUAUUCCAUAUUAGUCUGAUUUUAAAAGUUCAUUUUCAAUAGCAUAUUCCACCAAGUGACGCCGCUUCUCGUGGAGAAACAAUCUUAAGGCCUCUAGGUUUGUCACCAAUUUGUCAAGAGUAAAGCCUUUAGUCUGCAGAUACUGCUGUGUAAGAUUAACUUCCUCGAGUAGAUCCGCCCAAAGGUAAAGGUAGCAUGUAAAAGACCUUGUGCUGUACCUCUUGUAUCUGAAUUUUCAAGAGGAUUACACAGAGCUUCAAUCACCGCCACACAUUCAUCAAACUCAUCUUUCACUGUUUUAACAGCAGCAUGAUGAGCACUCCAACGCGUUGUUGACAUUCUCUUCAACGACAUCCUAGUAUGUUCAACUAGAACAUUCCAUCGAUGAGUGGAUGCAGCAAAGAAGGAAAAUAUUCUUUCAAGAUUACCGACAAAUGUAAUACAUGAAGCAUUUUCUGCAAAUGAGUUUUGACUAAACAAGUUAAGUGAAUGGCCCACACAUAUAUUAAAAUUGCUUUCUUUUAAUAUUUCUUUUCAUAAUGGCCUCAACACAUCCAUGGAUUCCAGACAUUGUGGCAGCAUUAUCAUAACCUUAAGCUCUGAACAUCAUUAUUUAUAGUAUAUAAAAUUUUAGAUUUUUUAGAAUUUCAGAGCUGAGAUCAUCAGCUUUUUCCCCUCUUAACGGGAAAAAUGCAAGAACACAUCUCUCACUUCAGCUUUCCCAUUGUUGAUUUUCACGUAUCUGAUCACUUCGGACAUCUAGUCACAGUGUGAUAUUUCAGGUGUACUUUCAAACAUAAUUCCAAGAUACCUCGCAGCCUUUAUAUCCAUGAUAAGAAUCGCCUUCACAUGAUUUGCAAGAACAUUUAUAAAUUCAUUUUGGGUUUCUGGUGAAAGGUAAGAUGCGGAUGCUUUUUCUGUAGAUGUACUCCUCUUUAGUCUCAUUUGGUGCUCUUUUAGCGGUGGAUUAGAUUUAGAUAGCAUCUCAACCAUUUAAAGAAGGUUUCAGUGAAGAUUCAACUUCGUUGUGGCCACGAAAUGCCAGAUUUUGCUUUGCAAGAAACAAUGUGAUAUCCAGCAACCUGUGCAGGAUAUCCCUCCACUUUGUCUUCUCCCUGUCCAUCACAGCAAUACUUUCGGCAUCAAUUGUUUUGUGUAUCCUUAGUCCUGCUGCCAAUGCUUUCCACUUUUCAAAGCAACAAGGUGCUCUUUAAAUGCCUCAUGAUUUUGUAAUUUUUGGCUCAGUUUCCACCACUGAUCAAAGCAUCAACCUUGAACUUUAAAUAAAGCACGCAUUUGGAUUGGUUACAUUUGUGAAAAAUUUAUGUGUGAUCAGUUAUCCUUUUAUGACUCUCGGUUGUGAGUGCUCGGUGUGCUCUGUAAAUAUGCAAUUUUUCAAUUGGGUGUCACCCCUAAAAUGGUGUCACCCGGUGCGAUCCGCACCCCCUCGCUACGCCACUGGGUUUCGGUAUGGGUUUUGCCAAGAGUUUUCUCAUGGUGUCUCACCCUAAGUGCAGUGACGUCAUUUUGGGGAAUCCCAACACUGGACUUAGGAUGAAUAGACCUAUUCAUUGUAGGACCUGAACGAUUUGUGUUAUAACAUUCCUGUUCUUUAUUGAGAAUUAGGCCCUACUGGCGUCAUACACGAUACGGUUAAUAUGAAGUAUUUUAAAAUGAAAUUUUCCAUUACUUUGAAUGGAAAUUCAAAUUACACGUUUCAAAAGAAAGGAGAAAAGAAACACACCCUUGCUAAUACCCCAAGACCCAACACCAGUGGAAAAAAUAGACGUGCACCAAAGGUGGUGUAUUUUGAUUAGUUGAAAUCAAAAUACCCGUAUGUUGAAACUUUGGUAACAAAAGGAAGAUUACUGAUUAAAUUGCAUUUGGAAUGAUCUUCUGGGGAGGGGAGACGCCUCCCCAGAACUCCUCCCCAAUUUAACACAAAAUAUAAAAUAAGAAAAUAAUAACUUGCAUUAUGUGAAUACAAACAUCAAAAUCUUUUUAGUAUGGUGCUGUAGACGGAAAUGGACCUGGGGGAACCUCCGUGACCUAUGUACCGUAGAACACAUCAUCGGCCUUACCACUAACCCAAAAUCAGCCAAACGGCAUAUCGCUUUAUUCAAUUUUAUUUAAUAUUGGUGUUUCAUUAUUUACAUAAACUAUGAUAAACUGGCGAAUAGUGGUGUGGCCAUGAUUGAAUUGAUUGUGGUGAUAAUAAUUUUGGAAAAUGGACUAAAAGGUGACCCCCCCCCCCAGGUAUGUAGAUUGAUAAUUUAAUUAUUUAGUAAUGCUACUAUUAAUGGGUAAACCCAGUUAUAAUAUGAAUAUGUUUCACAUUGUUCAAACUAAAUUGACAAUCAACGAAAUGUUUUAAUGUCAUGAGCAAAGCUAUUUCACACCACACCCAUGAAAGAUGUUAAUCUUUUGCACCAAUAAAACUUACAUUAAAUGUUCAUGACCGACCUAGUUGCAGUCAGCAGUGCAAAAUCAUGAAUUUAUUAUUUUAUUUGUAUAGCUCAUAUAAGUGAAAAACAUGAAUUUGACUAAUGUGGAUCUUCGGAUCCAGGCCUUUCCCAUGGCUAGAAAUCUGUUUCUUCCACCCUGAACAAUCUCAAGAACACAUCUAUCAAAAAACAUUUCACAAAUCCUUCAUAAUUACCGACAUCUCACCACUUAUGACACACAACAUCCAAUUAUGUAUAUUAGGAUUAGAUCAUAAUCAUAUUUAAAGUACUAUUAGUACUAAGUUUUUACUAAUGUAGUUUGGCUACUUUUACUUAACGCUUUUUCACACUCUGUUGAGGGCUUGCCUUUAGUUUUUAAAACAUAAUUAUAAACAAAUUCCUAUAUCCACUGAACAUAUUGCUUGACAUAUCUUAUAUAUAGUGCAAAAGAAAACAAAAAAACUAAUUGACAAUGCAAUAUUUCAAAUAAAGAAUAAUUUUAAUCAACAUUAAUCAUAAUUCAUAAACAUAUUAGUAUUUCAGUGGUAAUUAUGGGCUUGACUUAUGGUUAAUCAAAUGGUCAAUGCCAGUUCCAUAUUUGUGACUGCUAGUUAUAACAAGUGAUGCAAGUGUGCAUCAGUUAGUCUGGUUGGAUAUUUCAGAUGUUUCAUUUGGUAAAAAUGCUAUUCACAGACAUAUUUUUGCUAAGGAUGUUUGCUAUUGUGAUUCUAUUGAUUAUUGAUUAAGAUAUAUCUCAGAGAGGAGAGGGGACAUCUAUUAAUGACAACAUUCAUCUAAAGGAGGGGUUCCAUGAAUUUGUGAGGAUGUUACAAGAGGGUGUCUAAAUUGUGUGACAAAUUAGAUGAUGAGAGAAGUGGGGAUAAAAAAAAGCUUCCAAAAUGUGUGAAAUUUAUGGAUUGCCCAUUAUGCAUAGAAAUCAGAAAGGCUGCUUGACCUAAAAGCCUCUUUCAGAGAUUGGUAAAUCAGAUCAACAGCUGCAAUCACAGAAAUUUGGUUCUGGAAAAGUUUUAAUGGCCAUUUCAUGGAAAUAAAGCUUUUCAAUGUAAUGUAACUCAUUUUGCAAUAUUUCCAGUAAACUCCAUACAUUUUCUUGCAACUGCUCUUUUUUCUGGCAACAGGUUUUAAGCUGUGGGUAGAAGUUUUCCUCCUUUACUUGCUUAUUGAGGAGGUUUGUUUGUACGUGAAUUGCUUCCACGUCGUCUCAUCCUUACCUUUGUGUUAGUCUUCUUCUAUAUUGUCCAUGUUAUUCCCAGUUUGCUUAAAACCAAAAUAUUUUCUAUUCUGCAAAAAAAUGGCAACUCUAGGGGGUUUAUUUGAUUAAGAUUACUUUUUAAGGUAAGCCAUGGGUUUUGUAUGCCAGAAAAAAGAGUUGGUAUGACACAUUUCAAGGCUUACCCACACCAGAUCUCGGUUUUAAAUUUUAAUACCACUGCAAUACAAUUUACAAAUUUAAAGUGAUCAUUUUUAUUUACAGGACAGCUCUACAUUGGGCUUGCAAAAGGAACCAUGUUAAUGUAGUGCAGUAUUUGCUUGGAAAAGGAGCAGACAAGUCUUCCACUAAUAAAGAGGGACAUGUGCCUGCCCAGCUUACCUCAAAUGAAGAAAUCUGGCAGCUUCUUGGAGGUUAGCUAUCUUUUUCAGAGCUUUAACUAGACUAGUUUCUCUGUUUCCUUCCAUUCCUCUGCAGAUGUGAGAAUUAACCAUUGCAAAGUUAGGCAAAGACAAUGGAGACACAUAUCUUAAACUUUUGUAGAAUGUGUGUAAAGAACAGUUUGAUGGAAGAGAAAUUUCAUCAUGCAAUUAUUGUAAUAUUCUUAAUUAAAGCUAUAUUAGUUUUCUACAUUGCUUAUGAUAAAUUAAAAAAAUUAUUACAAAGAAUUUCAAUUGUGCAGUCAAAUUAUAAAGUUUUUUAAAAAGUAAUUUACAUUAAUGUUUGUAUGUUUUUGUUAUUAUAAUUUUUAUGUAAAAAAUUUCUUUAAAUUAUUUUUGAUUAUAGUAAAUUAUAUACCAAAAUUGAAAUAUAAUGUUUCUUUUAUAAUUUCUCCUGCAGCUCCUCCAAAUAUGGAAAUAAAGCAUUCUUCAUUGCCAAUAACGCCAAAUUACAUGGCAAACCCUCCAUUUCCUUAUGUUGGACAAGAAACAGAAAAAGUAUAUACUAAUUAUUCUCCUCCAUGUACAAACCCUGCUCACAAAAAUGCUGGUGGGGAAAAUGCUGAUAGCAGAUACAAACUGUAUAAUGGCGUAGAUGAGAAAACAAAUGGUAAUGAGGCUAUCUUAUUUCUAAAUUUUAAGGAAUUUUUAAGUAAAUUUACUUAUCUCUCAUAUUAUUCUUUUAAAGGAUCAAUUAGAUUGAAAAAACGAUAUUAGAAACUGUUAAACUUUACGAAAUUAUUAAAAAAAAUUAUAACAAUACUUUGCAGAACUGGUUCUGAAAGCAAGAAUUGCCAACUGUGAUGAAAAAGACUUCAUAGAGGUUGAGUUAGGAUUAUCAAAUAUUAAUUUUGCUGGACUGUUGAAUUUAUUAUGCGCAGAGCUGGGGGUGGAUAAAAAUCUUGUUAUGAAAAUACGAAAAUUACCAGAUACCAUACUGCGAAAAGACAAAGAUGUCAAGCGGUUGAAGGAUUUUCAAGAGCUUGAGUUGGUGCUUACUAACAAAGCAAUGAGUGCAGCAUCACGAACUUACAGCUUGGGGCCAGCGAGAAAUCAUGAAACAAUUCUUUACUAAUUUUUGCUGAUGGUGUGUUGUAUUUGUAAAUGAAAAAAUGUGGUGAGAAUCAAAUCUGUGAAAUGGACAGGGUUUUAACAGUAGUCUAAUUCAGGGCAGUAAUUAUGAUCUUUUAAAAGAGGGCUUUAUACAUAUAAAUUAAAACUUAUAGCCUUAUAGUUUUUUUCUUUGUAAAAUAAAAUACAAGCUUUUAAAUUGUAACACUGAGUCUUCUCCAAAUUCUCACUUUGUAUAUGUGGUGCUGGUCUAAUUAUAUCUCCAGGUGACAGCUUAAUAUUCUGUCUUUAAUUUCUUUGAUGUUUGGCAGCAUGGCUUUCAAAAUUUAAAUUCAAACUCAUCUUAUAUCAUCAGACUAUUUUUUAUGAUCAUUUUUAUUUUAAUUCUCAAUGUCAACAACAAAUCAGCAUUAAAAUGUAUGUAUCAGUGUAUUAUUACUUUUUUGAACAAGACAGACCUUGGAUGGGAUCAGUUGAAUUUUAUAUCAAGUGUUGAUUGUGUUUGAUUUAACUAAAUAAUAAUUAUGCAUACUUCCUCUCAUAUUAACACAAUUCUUUUUUUUUUUAAUUAUACUGCAACCAAUAAUGAGACACAUUUUUGAUAUCUUAGUACAGGGGCCUGUUCUUUUGAUGUCAAGAUGCGGCUCUUCAGCUCCAUGCGCAAAUAUUAAUAAUUAUAUUGAAAUAAAAAUGUUAGUGGCUCUUUAAAAACUGGGAAAUUUUGUAAAUUGUAACUUUUGGCUCUUCCGUCUCAAAAGGUUGCCGACCCCUGUCUUAGUACCAUCUAACACUAGUUACAAUGACAUUUAAUCAUGUAUUGCUUCACAGUAAAUACAGAGUAAGAUAGAUGUAAUGUGUGCCUUUGUGAAUGUGAUGACAGAUUUUUUUAGCAGAGUUUUAGAACAAGAGAUGUUCUGUGCUUGCUGGCAGGUGCCAAGACAAUGCAUGAAUUAAACUUUGAUUUAUGACCUAUGGCAUCUGCUAAAAUUGAUUUGAUGUCUUUAACAGGAAAAUGAGGAAUAGUUUGAAGGUCUCAUAGCUGCUGGAUUAGGAUAAUGAAUGGAACUGGAAGUUGAGUUAAUUUCAAAAGUUUUUUUCUUAGUUUUCAAAUUUCUUAGAAGGGCAAAAAUCUUUCUAAUUUUUAGAUUUAAUUGAUUUUUCCUAUCUGAAGGGGUU